AUGCGCUCGCAUUUCCACUUUGUAGCCUGUCUGGCGACACUCUUUUCCUCCUCUCAUGGACUCGAAUUCACCUCCCCCAGUUCCGACUCGCAAAUAGACCCAAGCAAGAGUUUGGUCAUUUCCUGGUCUCUCAGUUAUACCGAUCCAUCAACCAUCGACCUUAAACUCAGUAACUCCGAUUUGGGCACAGAUCUGACAAUUGCAACUGGGGUCGUCUCAUACACUGGCUCAUACGCUGUGCCAGCCGGCACUAUACAAGGUUCUGGGUCUGGCUAUGAGAUAUCGGCUGUUGGAAAUGGGAAUAGCCUUGCCCAGAUCACUGGCUUGACAUUUGGGAGCAAAAGUGAUCAGACUUCCAGUGGAGGCAAUGGCCCAGUAACCCUGAUCACGACAGCGACUGUCAUUCCAACGCCAGCUGCUUCCACCACUUCAGGUGGCCAUGAUGGGACGGAUAGUAACGUCCCAACGGCGACCAUCGACUCAGUUGGGGUUGUUACCCUGUCCGGAACAGUGACUGGAAGUAAAGCAACAACGUCCCCUUCCAACUCAGGUGCUGAGAGCAGUUUCGCAACUAGCACAACGAGCAGAGCAAGCAGCGAGUCGCCUGGCGCUGUUGCGCCAAGUGCUGGAAGUACAAACAUCGCCAAUGGUCAGAAACGACGGGGGAGUGAAGUCGUCCUCGGUGCUGCCGGUCUAGUGGCAGGUGUUGUCGCUCUUUUGGCAUGA